AUGGUUUUGGAGGCAAAAGAGAAGGAAAAACUUGACGAUGUGGAUCUGAUUCUUGCCGCUGAAGAUGGGCAGAUUAAGCGCUCUCGUGAUCCAAAAAUGUGCCAUCAUAAUGCGCGACAGAAGUGUGCUCAUUGCCUUCCCAUAGAUGCUGCUUUUCAGAGAAUGGUUUUGGAGGCAAAAGAGAAGGAAAAACUUGACGACGUGGAUUUGAUUCUUGCCGCUGAAGAUGGGCAGAUUAAGCGCUCUCGUGAUCCAAAAAUGUGCCAUCACAAUGCGCGACAGAAGUGUGCUCAUUGCCUUCCCAUAGAUCCAUAUGAUGAAGACUACCUAAAGUCUAAGGAUAUCAAACAUAUGUCUUUCCACGCACAUGUACGAAACUCACAUCGGGGCAUGGCAAAGGCUCACAGUUAA